GAGGGCGGGUCUGGGAGCGUUUCGCCGCCCGGGGCGCCCUGCCCGGAGGAGACCAUUUGCAGGAAUGGUUUCCGCGCUUUCUCUCCUCUCCUAAUCGUGCAAACAAAGCUGCUCAUUGCCGACGGCUAGGGACGCGGUUGAGACUCGGAUGGAAAAUUCAGAGUUGCCUCCAAAGCAGGAAAUUUCUGAAGAAACAGAGUCAUCUGAUGGGACAUCAGGAGGCCUGCAUGGGGUGGUACCUGAGGGACCAGAAGCUGGAAAUGCCUGUGAAGAUGCUUUAAUGAAGCUAGAAGCACAACCCUCAGAGGAGGAAGGGAGCAGACUGGAAAGUGAUUUCUUGGAAAGAACAUGUGAGGAUAAAAACAAAUCUACAGAAGAUGGAUGUGAUGAGUAUAAGGAUCUUGGGGAACAUAAGAAUCUGUCCUGUAGUCCUACAGAAUAUCAAGUUUUGAAGGCACAGAAAUUAUAUCAAUGUGAUGAAUGUGGCAAAGCUUUCAAUUGGAGUUCACACCUCAUUGGCCAUCAGCGAAUCCACACUGGAGAGAAACCCUAUGAGUGUAAUGAGUGUGGCAAGGCCUUCAGGCAAACUUCUCAGCUCACGGCUCAUCUCAGAACCCACACAGGGGAAAAGCCCUAUGAAUGCAGCAAGUGUGGAAAGACCUAUCGACACAGCUCCCAUCUCAUUCAACAUCAGAGACUCCAUGAUGGGGAGAAACCAUAUAAAUGUAAUGAAUGUGGAAAAGCUUUCAAUGAGAGUUACAAACUCUAUGACCACCAGAGAACCCAUACUGGGGAGAAGCCUUAUGAAUGCAAUGAAUGUGGAGCAACCUUUACUCGGAAUAAAAAUCUUCUCCGACAUCAGGUACUUCACACUGGGAAGAAACCCUUCAAGUGUAACGAGUGUGGGAAAGCUUUCUGUUCUAAUAGAGAUCUUAUUGACCAUCAGAGAAUUCACACUGGGGAGAAGCCUUAUGAGUGCAAUGAGUGUGACAAGGCCUUCACUCGGAAUAAAAGUCUGAUUCGACAUCAGCGACUCCACACUGGAGAAAAACCAUACAAAUGCAGGGAGUGUGGGAAAGGCUUUAAUCAGAACUCUCACCUUGCUGACCAUGAGCGAAUUCACACUGGAGAAAAACCUUUUGCAUGUAAUGAGUGUGGUAAGGCAUUCAGCCUGAGUAAAUGUCUGAUUCGACAUCAGAGACUUCACACAGGUGAAAAGCCCUAUAAAUGCAAUGAGUGUGGAAAAUCCUUCAAUCAAAAUUCAUACCUCAUUAUACAUCAGAGAAUUCACACUGGGGAGAAACCUUAUGAAUGUAAUAAAUGUGGGAAGAUCUUUAGUCAUAAUUCUAGCCUUAUGGUACAUCAAAGAACCCAUACUGGGGAGAAACCCUAUAAAUGUGAUGAUUGUGGGAAAACCUUUAGUGACAGCUCACAGCUCACUGUGCACCAGAGAGUUCACACUGGCGAGAAACCCUAUGAAUGUAUUGAGUGUGGAAAAGCGUUCAGCCAGCGUUCCACUUUUAAUCACCACCAGCGAACUCAUACUAGAAAGAAGCUCUCAGGUCUGGCUCAGUUUCAUAAGGUGUAAGUUUCCAAGGUAGCCAGGAACAUUGAAUUAAGCUUUCUGUAUAAGAAGGAUGCUUAUCCUUACCCUUUCUUGAAACCACUAAUCAAAGUGGACCAUUCCCUACAUGCUGUCUGCUAGGUCAUGAAGGUGGAGAGUGGGAGGAACAGUGCAGUCCUUCCCCACUAUUGGGGAAGUGUGGACUACACGUUUACUGUACUUGCAGGGUUUUUAUUUUAUUUUAUUUUCUGUUUAUAAAUGUAUGUCAUUUUUUUUUGACAUGCAUCCUGUAAUCAGAUUGUGUACUUCUCAGGGACAGAGGUUAAAUCUUCUUUAUUCUAUUCUACUUUCAUUUCCCAAUUUACAUAAAGUCAUUCUCUAAGACUGAUUCACUCCUUUCUCCAUUUCUAAUUUUUAUGAGUUUAUUUGAGCCAAACUGACAUGACUGAAGUAAGAUGCAAAUGCCCCUCUCUUUUUUUUCUCUUUGCUGUAGCUCUUUUAAAAUUCAUCACUAGUUAAAAAAUAAUUUUUAAAAUCUCAGCUCUCUAAUUGCACCCUUCUUAAAGUGGGCAUGAACUUUCCUCCCACCAUUGGACCAACAUUUUAUAGGAUAUCACAUGCAAAAAGCUCAUUUAUAUGUUCUACAUGUGCCCCUGUUUUUUAAUUUUUAUUUUUAAUUUCAUAAAAAUUUAUUUGAACCAGAAUUUUGAGGACAUGCUUGGAACCCCUGAGAGUCUUACUACUAUUUUCUCAGCCUCAAAGAGCUAAUGGAUUUCUGCUUGAGUGUGCCGUGUGUGUGUGUGUGUGUGUGUGUGUGUGUGUGUGUCUAGGUUUUGGAGUCUACUGAUGCGUACUUUUUCCUGCACACUGACUCCAGUUCUGACCUACCUGGCUCCACCUGUUGCCUAAAUAAACAAGUUAAGAACUGCUUCAAAACUUACUGCAGGAAGACCUAACUUUCCUGGCUUUGGCAAAGAUGAUUCUAAAUCCCAAUUAGAAGCAUUCUUGAAAGCUUGUAAUUCAUAGUGAUCUAGUUUGUUGCAGAUAAUAGAGUUAAACGAAUCUGAUUUCCUUAUCAACUAGUUCUGUCUUUUCCAACUGUCAUCUAAUUUCAAGCUGAGAAGUGUUUCCUUAAUUAUUGUUAUUAUCUUCUGGACCAUCUUACAUUCCCAAGGGCAAAAGAAACAGGAAAUCUUUUCAGAGGAUAUUCUCUCCCUUUAUAGUCGUAUAUAAGACAUAACCUUGAGCAACUUUUUUCUUCCUUGGGGCAGGGCCCCACUACUGGGGGACCUUUGUAUCAUGUGUUCACCCCCUUCCUCUUAGCAGGAAAACAGGAUUGACAGUGUGACAAAGGAGGAGAAGGAAGUUAGAGGUACAAUGUUAGGUAUGUAGCCUAGAGGGAAGAGGUUUUUGUGAGCUCCGAUUUAUGUCUCAGAGACAAUGGAGAAGAAAGGGAAGAGAGUUGAAGCUCAAGAAAAUAAGAAUUAAAU